GAAGGUGUUCUUAGUAGUGAGGAAUGGGAUUUCUUUUUACGUGGUGGCACAGGCAUAGAGAAAAGUAAUAUUAGAAAAAAACCUCAAGAAGUACCUUGGCUGACAGAUUCUCAGUGGUUUAAUUGUUGUUGUUUGGAAAUGAGUAUUGAUAUAUUCCAAGGCCUUAGCUCUGUUCUAGCAUCUACACAUCUGGCUGUGUGUAUUGGCUCUCUUCAGGUAAAUCUGACUCCUAUUCAGGCUGGAACUGAUCAGAGUGUGGAGUGGAAUAAGAAGCUGAGUGACUUCCAGAAGUUGUUGUUAAUCAAAGUGUGCAGGGAGGAAAAAGUGUUGUUUGCUGUAACUGAGUUCAUCGCUUCUAACCUUGGCCAGCAAUUUGUAGAGAGCCCCACCACUGACCUGCAUACUCUCUACAAAGACAUUAAUGAAGUUACACCUUUGAUUUUUAUUCUCAGUACUGGUUCUGACCCUAUGGGAGCAUUCCUGAGGUUUGCUAAGGAAAUGGAUUUUGUAGAUAGGGUGCAAGCCAUUUCACUAGGGCAAGGACAAGGACCAGUGGCAGAAAAGGUGAUAAAUAUGGCUAGGAAAACUGGAGAUUGGGUUUUCUUGCAGAACUGUCACCUGGCUGCAUCUUGGAUGUUUUACAUGGAAGUAAUUAUCAAACAACUGGCAGAAGGCUCACAGAAGGUUCACAGAAAUUUCCGACUCUUCCUGAGUUCCAUGCCUACAAAAACUUUCCCUGUCUCUGUCCUGCAGAAUAGUGUCAAAGUAACCAAUGAACCUCCAAAGGGAUUAAAGGCAAAUACUCGCAGAGCUUUUAGUGGGCUAUCUCAAGAAUUCUUUGAAGAUCACAUAUUAAGAAAGAACUGGAGGAAGAUGGUGUUUGGCAUUUGUUUUUUUCAUGCUAUCAUUCAAGAAAGAAAGAAUUUUGGCUCAUUGGGUUGGAAUGUCAAGUAUGAGUUCAGUGACAGUGACAGGGAAUGUGCUCUAGAUAAUCUGAGGAUAUUCUGCCAGGAUGGACAUAUACCAUGGGAUGCCUUGGAGUACACCAUAGGAGAGAUUACGUAUGGUGGGCAGGUAACUGACACCUGGGAUCGACGGUGUUUGAGAACAAUUCUUAAAUCUUUUUUUUCACCUCAGACUAUAACACCAGGAUAUACUUUCUCUCCUACUGGUACCUACUUUGCUCCUGAUUAUGAUUCUGUAAGUGAAUACUGUUCAUACAUUAAUGGUUUACCUGUCAUUGAUGAGCCAGAGAUUUUUGGAAUGCAUGAAAAUGCAAACAUCUUAUUUCAGAGUCAAGAGUCCCAGAGAUUGAUUAACACUAUUCUAAGUGUUCAGCCACGAGCUUCAGUGUCACCAGCAGGCAGUUCUGCUGAUGAAAUUGUGUAUGACUUGGCUGAAGUUAUUUUAAGAAAAUUGGUGGAUAGAUUGGAUCCUGAUGACCUGUUGGAAGAUCUGUUAAAGCCUGAUGACAAAGGAAGAGUGAAUUCUCUAACAACUGUUCUGAUUCAAGAAUGUGAUCGAUUCAACAAACUUCUUAAAGUUGUCAAGGGAUCCUUGCAGUCUUUACAGAAGGCGAUUAAAGGGUUUUUAGUGAUGAAUGAAGACCUGGAACAUAUAUAUCAGGCUUUCUUGAAUAACCAGUUCCCUAAGCAGUGGGGUAAAGUUGCAUACCCAUCUCUAAAGUCUUUAGCCAGCUGGGUGAAAGAUCUGGAGUUGAGAAUUGAAUUCAUUCAUGUAUGGAUGACAACAGGCCAGCCAAAGUCUUACUGGCUAUCUGGCUUCUUUUUUCCUCAAGGGUUCUUGACUGGCACCCUUCAAAACCAUGCAAGGAAGUACAAUCUUCCUGUUGAUCAGCUCAGCUUUAGGUUUAAAGUUCUUCCUCACUACUUACAUCAGGAAGAGCUUACUCUGGCACGCUCACAAAGUAAUUCAAAUGUUCUGCCCAAUCAUGAGUUAACUGCACCUGAAGAUGGAGUUCUAAUCCAUGGGCUUUAUCUGGAGGCUGCUCGUUUUGACACUAAAUUUAUGAAGCUUUGUGAUCCACUUCAAGGCCAGAUGAACCCAUCCUUGCCUGUUCUACAGCUGGAACCAGUGAUGAAAUUUGAACCUGAUCCUCAGAAUUACGUUGCUCCACUGUACAAGACUGCUGAAAGAGCUGGUACCCUAUCAACCACGGGGCACUCCACCAAUUUUGUGGUUGCCAUUCACCUGCCGUCGGAUCGUCCUCAAGAGUACUGGAUCCAAAAGGGAGUAGCACUGCUCUGUCAAGUGACAAACUAAAGUAAUAAAAGCUUCAUAUUUUAAAUAAAAUGCUCUUCAAAUUGUGUUAAGUAAGAAAUUAAUUUCGUUGGUCUCACUGGCUUGCUUGUGUUGAAAUAAAACAAAAAAUUAAUAAAUUACUUUGGUUGGCGGUACAUAGGAUUCUAUAGCCAGUGUAUACAUAAAACAUUGUGAAUGACUAAAUAAACGUUAAUUUAAACGUUGCUAAUACUUGAAACUAUAAUUGUGUGUUCAUUGGAAUCAGGUAAAAUUUAAGUGAGAUAUGAGCUGAAAUGUUUUCGUGUGAUUUAUAUCGAAAGAAAUUCUGAGUCUUUAGAAAUGUUAAAAAAACCUGACAAGUUUUAUCGUUAUAAUAUACCAAAUGUAAUAAAAACAUACUAUUUUAAGUUCUUGUUCACAUUCAGCUUGUCUGUCCUAAUACAUUAUGGUUCAUCUCUACUAACUACCAGUGUGUUAUUAUUUCUUUCUGUAUUUUGUUACCUUUAUUUUGGUUGACAAGUAUCACAAGAGGAUAAAAUUUACUUAAUAUUAGGUUUUGUUCUAUUUAUUCACAAUUAUAUUAAUUUUAUUUUUUCUUUAAAAGGUAAUUUGUUUUCUCUGUUCAAAAUUCAGCUAAACCUUAAUUGGUCACUAUGGAGAUAAUGUAAAAAUGAUGAGGUUACAUAUAUAAACACUUUAUGUGGUAGAAUAACAGUAGAAAAAUAUAAGACUAGCAUAUGUUUUACUUGUUGUUAACGUACAUUCAGCAGUGUUCAUUUUAGAUACAAGUAGGUUACAAAUGUAAGUUCUUUUUUUUCUCAAGCAGUAAACUAAUGUUGAUGUCUGUUGUAUAUAGAUACUGUGUACAUUCAAGAUAGCACAGAACACUUUGGAAGGUUUGAUUGGCUGAUGGUAUUGAGUAACUGAGGUUUUAUUGUUUUUAUAUUAAGUUAUAUGAAUUUACAGGAAAAAAAUAUAUUAUUUGUUAUAUUUUCCUUUGUUUGAACAAUUAUACACAGGUGGUUAAGUUAUUAUUAAUAAAUGCGUUUUUUUUUUUACAUUUUUAAAGUAUUUAACAUUUGUUG